GAGACUGUGACGUGUGCGUCAUUUGUUCAGAAGUCGCAGUGCCGCAAGUCGCCUCCAAGCAGCAUGGUCACCGACACGAAAGGCCAGCUGCUUGCAGCACUCAUUGCUGCCUGCCUGUUGACAUUCUUGACAGAAGUUACAUCUGAAGAGACCACAACUGAUAAUGAACAGUCUUCCAACUCAUCGUGGGUCAACGGUGCAAAUCAAACCCAAAAUGCAUAUGUUAUAUCAAGUGUGCAAUUUGAAAUUGGAGUUAUGGAAAAUGAGACUCAACACAAUGGUGAGAGUGGCACUACAGUUGCACCAGUUGAGACAGAUAAAUUGUCAGAAACGAAAGUUGCAUUCCUACUGCCACCAGCUUCUCUCUUCAACACCUCGCAGACCACCUCAGCACCCUGAUUCAGUCAGCAUCAUAACAAAAGUUUUAUUGUAUUCCCAAACAAACCUGAAACAAAAGUAGCUUUUUCACAAAGUAUGUUUAAUUCCUUAUCAUUAUAAAUUAUUUUAAUAUAAUAAAUGAUUCAAAACACA